GCGGGUUCUCGUCGCCGCCACUCCGAUGGAGGCGUAUGGAAUCAGUCGGCUGUUGAGCCUGGUAAUCGCCAUCCCAAAGGCUCCAGCCAACCAGAAAAUUCAAAUGUGAUUUCCGGCGCAUUUGGUUGGGCAGUUCUCCAGUCUGGCGGCGGGACCUAAAGAUGGGGAUCGACCUAAGAAAAAGUCUUUCGCGAUGUCAGGGACCCAUCAAACUAGCUCGUUUUCUGAAACGUCACUGAUUUUUUCCGUCUGCUUGCCAGACUGCCCUACACUGCCCUCCAGUCAGAUAUGGAAAAGAUAUUCUCAUCCUGAAGCAGUUCCUGACAAAACAUUCUGUAGCGAUGGUGCCUUGGGUAGGUCUGGAGGUGGCAAGCCCUCCCUGCAGUGUGUACGACUGCUUGACCCUGUCCUGGUAGAUUCCAGGACUGGUUCAUGACGAGCGAUCGGUCACAAUUUACCCAGGAAAAGAAAGUCUUUUCUCUGGUAUCAAGCUAACUAGCGUCGGAUCUAGCCAGGAGGACUGGACGGUUGCCCUGGCGCUCUGUUGGUCCACCCGGAAUCCUCCACUCAGUCAUCUCAAUCGCGAGGAUCUAACAUGUUCAAUUUGAUAACUAUUCCAUUAGAUGGAAUAGCAGUACUCCAUACCUAAUGUCGUGCAAUUGAGUUCGAUUUGCAGGAUGAUGUGAUGAUGAUACCCUUUUAUCACUUUUCUUGAAACAAGACCAAUACGAUGAGCCGCAAGAGGCUCGGUCCCAAGUCCUUCGUACAGAGUAUACGAGCAGUUAGCACUCACAUUUUUUGUGUGAUCUGCUCUAUCCUUGAUCGCUAAAAAUUUGGUGCGGCGACCAUUCAACUGGUGGUGGCCAAGCGUCUAAAGCCUUAUCCGUCUGCCCAAGCACUGCAAGGCACGCUCGUCUCCGAAAAGUUGGACCGGCAUUCCCCUUGCAUUUCGACCAAAAAAAGCAUGGCUCCGGCCUUAGUCGAUCGAUCCAGGCGGAGACCGAGAUCUGUCUAUCUCUGACGUGCGACGUCUUCGCGCCUUGUCCGGUCAAGCAAGGUACCAACCAGGGCCGGUCAGAGAUAUAUAACCCGAGGGAACAUCCCCCUGAUACCUACUUCUAUAUAACCACCACUUCGAUGUUAUAGACCUUCAGCUCUCGCGUCUAUAGCAUUUCCAUUCGUUUGGUGCAUACCAUACUCUCGUUUUCAACUUGCAUUCGUUGACCGAUCACUCCCUCGUUCGUUAUCCCUUCUAUUACAUACUUCUGGGGGUAUUGUAUAUAUAUUACUUUUACACGGACAACAUGCUGUGCCGGCUUUUCACUCUCUUUAUUGCAGCUGCACUCGCGUGCUGCGUAGCAGCUAUUCCGCUGCAAGAACAGCAAACCAAUUCUAUCAUUGAGCGCACUCCUGGUAGGUGGCCAUGGCACCCACACCGUCCCAGACCGCACCGGCCCAGACCACACUGGCCUUUCCCAAAGCCACACUGGCCAAAACCACACUGGCCAGAGCCACAGCCACAGCCAGAGCCAGAGCCGACUGCAGUUCCAACUAUGGCUCCAGAACCUACGACAGUUCCCCCAACUGAGCCAAGCGGAACCUACCCACCAGACACCACUCCAACCGUUGUGCCAACAGUUGUCCCGACAGACGUUCCAACCACUUUCCCAUCAAUGACGCCAACUGCUGAUCCGACUGUAGCUCCUACCGGCACCAGUGUCCCAACUGGAGCACCAACAGGCGUUCCCCCCAUGCCUGGCACUAUCCCAUUCGGAACCGUCAUUAACGAAUGUACUGUUAACGGUACCAUUGCUCUCACCUUUGACGAUGGCCCAUACGACUACACCGGGCCUCUUCUUGACAUCUUUGCCAAGAAUGGUGCUAAGGGUACUUUCUUCGUCAACGCCAUGAACUUUGGGAACAUCAUGGACUAUGCCGAUGUUAUCAAGCGCAUGUACAAGGAGGGCCAUAUGCUUGGUUCUCACACUUAUUCUCAUGCCGAUCUCUCCAAGCUCAACUCCACUGGAAUUGCCCUUGAGAUGAAGAAGCUUGACGAUAUCCUUGCUCCUAUCAUUGAUGGAAACCGACCAACUUACAUGCGUGCUCCAUACUUCGCCUACAGCGACACUGUCUCCAAGACCAUGGCUGAACUCAAGUAUCACAUGAUCGAUGCCAACAUUGACACUAAAGAUUACGAGCAUGCCACUCCUGACGGUGUGCCAAUCAGUCUUGAGAACUUCAAGAAGGGUCUCGCGGCCGGUGGCACUAUCACCCUCUGCCACGACGUCCACCAGACUACUGUUGAGCUCUUGAUCCAGCAGAUCUUAGACGAAGUCAAGAAAAGAGGUUUGAGAGGUAUGUUAUCUCCCAGUUUCGGCCAUAGUUUGAAUGAUCCAGGCUAACAUUUUAACAAUUUAGCUGUCACUGUUGGCGAGUGCUUGGGAGACCCCCAGGCCAACUGGUACCGCCCAGCGCAAUAAAUUCCAUCACGUAGAGUUGAACUCUUACGGUAAUGGAAAUUUCGGGAGGGUAUGAUGGCAGAGUAAGCUCUGCUACGGGGACGCUGUGGAAGGGUGGCCAUGGAAAUGCACUUUUCAUUGCCUAGGGUGCUUCAAGGCACAUCUUCCCAGUCGUUUGACCCCAGUUCAGGGACGAGGCGUAGCUUCAGUGAGGUUGAACGCUUCUAAUUACUGAUCUGCUUGAUGCGCUGGGUAACCGUCUGGAGUCAUCAUGAACUAGAAAAUUGUUUUAUUACGCACAUUCUUUUAAUACAUAGUUACACAUGCACAUAUAUAAUGGAAUCUUGAGAAGCACGCUUUUGGAAUUUACUUUUUUUGAAUAUCCUCUUUGGGGGUUCGCCACAAUCUGCUGUCUACGCGGCUCCUCUAUUUUCAUCCAACAAUAUCCUAGUUUUGACACUUAAGGGGCAUCGCUCAAGUGUUACCACUAACCCUGUCCUACUUCCCCCCUUAACCCACCCUUUAUUUACGGGGCCCACGCUGAGCCUAGACUUCUGUGAUGGUUAUACAAAUGAUGUUAUAGGCUAGGUUGAAGAUAUAUACUCAGGGGAACCUUCCACUCUG